UCAGUUCAACCCAAAGCACGAGUUUUUAGCCACUGCAGAAAGGAAAACAUGGAUGUUUCCAUGGCCUGUUAACCCUCUAUAUUAGGAUAGAGGUUUGGGAAGCAAUACCUGAACUAGCAAAGAUGAAGUGGCCAAAGGAAGACGAGGAAGAAGUAGCAGUGGACCUUGCCAAGCUGCUGGUAAUGUGCGACUUUGCAAAAUUUGCAACUGAGCUUCUUGGCAGGAUGAAAGGGAGAAGUGGUGAAGAAAAUUCUGAAGAAGACACAGUUAGCAAUGAAUCAGAAUUUGCAACAGAAAGCAGGGAGGACUUUCAAGGAUCAUCAAAGUUAGAGUUUAAGACUGGAAAAAAACUGGUAUCAAGAAGUCGAGGGUUAACUCGAAUGAUUUGCCAUAAAAGUGGCAGCAGCAGUAGCACAAGCAACCUAGAAUCAAGUGCUGAAGGACUUGAUACAUCUUUUCAGUCAUCUGACCGUGGUAGAGGCCUGAUGAGCAUGUUGGAUUUUUUAAAAUGUGGAACCUCAACUCCCCUGUCAGUGGGAAGCUCCAGUGCUGAUUUGCAAUUGAGUUUGUCAAAUGAAAAAUCUGGAAGAAGCCCAAAGACAAAGUUAUCUGAAUUGUCAGGUGAAGCUGAAUGCUCGGAACUUGAUGCAGCUUCUACUUUAUGCCUUGAAGAAAUUCCUGUUCCUGCAUCAUCAGGACAAAGAAGCUUAACAAAAGGGUUAUUUCCAACACAGAAUGAAGAAAUUAGUGCUAGUAACAAGUCCAAUCUCUCAUCAUCAGAAAAGAAAAGUGAUGGGAAACAGUCCUUGGUGGAUGAGAUUUGUUUGGUAGAUUCUUCAGCCAUAAAGACUGUUCCUGAGUGUAGUGUUAAGGUAUCCCCUCAGAAUGAUGAAAAUUUUACAGGAAAAUCUGGACAAAAGGAAGAAUUAAAGGUGGAAUCACCUGGUGGAAGAGGAUUAUGCCUUAAGCUUAGCAUAUCUGGCUUAUCUGAUGUUAAAGGGGUGAGCAAAAUUUCUGACUCUAAAGAAAGUCAUAUAUUGACAAAGAAUUCAGAAAGCAUGCAAAAUGAAAAGUGUAAGAAGGAAGUCAUAGGUAUGCAUGAAAAUAAUAGGAAGACUAUUAACUACAGUGCAAGAAAGGUAAACAGUCAUCUUAAUGCCUCAUUUAUUUCAGACUCUCGAGAUGUUUGGGACAGAGAGGAAAUGGGAGAUGUAGAAGAAGAAUUGACAAUCUCAUUAAGAGAGAAAAUUUUGCCAGAGGGCCCUUGCAUUGCAAAAUUAUUCCGGAUAUUUAUAGCUGGGGAGUCCCAUGUUGCUGAAGAAGAAGUAGUUGUUAAUGAGAAUAUGGUUGAUGCAAUACUGAAUAGUUAUAUCGUAAAUGUACUAAAUGAUUUAGAUAUGAGAGCAACAAGACUGCAGGCAUAUGCUUGGCCAGCUAUAACACGUGGUACUUCAGCCAUCAUUGUAGGAGGCAAAAGGAGUGGCAAAACUCAUGGUUAUAUUGUGCCUUUGAUUUCUGUUAUACUAGACUCAUGGCUGCACAUAAGCCGUCGUCUUUCCCAAGGUAUUGGGGCUGUUUUAGUGAUUGUUUGCAAAGACUGGAGAAAUGCUAAAUAUGCUGCUGAUUCUUUGGUUAGGUUCUUACCUGCGAAAAUGUCACUGAAAGUCAUCACAGCUUGGGGAGGUUGUGGCAAUGAAGAGGUAAUUGAUACCAACUCGCAGUUACUUGGUGGAUGUGACAUUCUGGUUACAACAGCCCCAUGUUUGGUGAGGCUUCUAACAGGCAAAACUACAGAAUUUGCAAAGGCCGACGAAGAAGGUGGCACCAAAGCAUUUACGUCCCUUGCUAGGUGUUGCUAUCUUGUAUUUGAUGACGUUGAUUCAAUCUUGGAAAAUUGUGCAGUGGAAGUGAAACAGAUACUUACUUACUGGGGCGAAGGAAAGAGCAAAAGUGAUCGAAGGGAUUUUGAACAGCAGUUACUUUUAGUGGCAUCAUCGUGGACCAAAUUAUUGAAUUCAUUGACACAAACAGUAACUCCUCUUCUUGAGCCAAUUAUUAUUGUUGCUGAUCCAUGGGAGGCUGUAAUAGCUACUAGAGUGUGUACCUUUGUUCACAAAGUAGAGAAGAUAGGGACAGAGCAAGAUAAACUUGUUGAACUUUUACAAGACAACAGACAUGGAAGGAUUUUGGUGUUUAUGGGGGAUGAUAAUCAGGGAAGGAAUCUGAAAAUAUUACUGGAUGCUGUGGCUGUAUAUUCCUUAAUUGUAACAAGCUGUACUACAAUGUGGGUCAUGAAGUCCAUUGUCCAGGAAUGGCACUCUAUAGCAAAUGUAGUUUUGAUAGUCUGCCAAGAGGCUUCAUCACUCCUCCUCAUGUAUGAAUUAGCAAAUGCAGACCUCAUUAUUCAUGCAGACAUACCAAACUCCAUUGGUAAUUUCAAAAUGAGGUAUGCCUUUAUGGUGAAUAAUUUUUCAAAAGAUUUAAAUCAAGACACCAUAAAUUGUGAGUCUCACAUAUUAUUAUCCAAAGAAUCUGUGAAACGGCUUCCUCCUCUUGUGUUUGAAAUAGAAAGGGCUGGUAAAAUUCCAAGAGAGCUGCAACAUGUAGCAUCAAAAAUUAUGACAACUUGUAACCAAGAUGAUGCUCUUUGUUAUUAUUUAAAAGCUUAUGGUAAAUGUUGUAUAGGUUACAGUUGUGGAUUUAGGCAUAGAAUACAAAAGUUUGAUGCUGAGAGUGUAAUUCCAAGAAAGGGUGAAGUUACUUUCAGUGUUGUCAAAGUGAUAAAUGCAUCACGAUAUUUAGUACGCCUCUUGAGUUUCAGGGAGAAGGCAGGGGUUCCUGAAUUUGACUUGAGAGAUCACUACCUGAGGUUGUUCAUGGCCAUACAGCAGUAUUUUGCUGACCCUGAAAACUGUGAGCAGUUGAUCAGCAUAGAACCAAGAAUGCUCUGUGCUGUCAAAUGCAAGGAAAAGUGGGCAAGAGGACAAAUUGUAGAAGUUGAUUACUCAAGACAUAUUGCCAUGAGUGUUGUGUUUCUCUUGGAUGAAGGAAGUGAUGUAACUGUAGAGCAAAAUUCCUUAUACAUCCUUCCGAACCAUCUGGCACUGAUGCCACCACUUAUUGUUGAGGUUUAUCUCUGUAGAGUUCAACCCCUUGACUUUGAUAGGGAAUGGACUUUCCAUGCAUCAAAGUACAUUGAUGAUAUAUUCAGCAGCAACAUAAACAAAAGCACUUUUGUUGGACAAAUUGAACUAGCACUUGGUUCAACACUUUGGCUAAGCCCUGUGACUGAGUUAGCACAGGCAGGUAAAAGUAAAGUAAAGAUGGAAUCUCUAAGGUCUAGACUUAUUUCUAAUGGAUUUGGAAUCAGCAAUAUUGCUCACAUGGAAAAGCUGAAAGAGAUUUGUAAAGAAGCAGAUAUAUCCUUAGAACCUGAAGACCUGUCAUGUGAAUUGUUUAAGACAACUGUGGAAAGGGCACUGGACUUGCUAAAAGAUACAGAACAAAUUGCAGAGAGCAGUAAGUUGUCUGAAUUAAAUGAGCAGAACAGCACCAAAAAUCAGCCUAGAAUGAACAAAGCAUGCACUAGAAGCUUAGAACAAGUUGAUUCUGUUGAAGAAGACGAGGAUAUCAAUAAUGAUCUUGAGAAAAUAGGAAACUUAAAUAUAAAUGCGGAAAAGUCAGUCAGUCCUAAAAGUGAAGCUAUAGGUACUCAUUUGUUACAAGAAACUUUGCCCUUGGAUACUGAUGUGGAAGUUGGUGUUGCAGAAAUAGAAUCUCCUGACUGGUUCUUUAUUCAACGUGCAGAUAAUUAUGAAAGGCUGGAUGAACUUGAGUUAAAGGUCCAAGAGAUAACCAAGCAUUGGCUAACAGACAAUAAAGAGAGUCUUCAUGAAAACUGCUUGAAAUGGGAGGAGCACCCAUGUGUUGAGGCUUCUAGAUACUGUCUGGCAAAGUUUUCUGAUGGCAAUUACUACCGUGGCUGGGUGGACAGAGUUACACCAGAUAACACCUGUAAGGUCUUUUUUGUGGACCAUGGAGAGACCCUGAUUGUACCUUCUAGUCAGGUUCAGUCAUGUCCAUCAUAUCUUUUGGACCUUCUCCCUGCACAAGCCAUUCCAUGUUGUUUGGCCAGUUUUACUUAUCCAACAACAAAAUUAAAAGAUGUGAAGAGGACUAUGGAGAAGUUGGCUGAUUCUGUUGACACAUGGAUAGCAAAGGUUUUAGAAACAGUUGAAUCAGAGGAUGGGAAAAUGUACAGGGUAGAGUUAACUGAUAACUCAGUGGAACCACCAAGGCAGAUGUCAAGAGAGCUCAUGAAUGCACACCAAUCAUUGAAGAAGAAUUAUAGGGAAAAACAGGACAGGGAAGAUAUUGAAGAUAAAAAUCAUGUGGAGUCAACAGGAUUGCUUAAUGCUUCAUGCUUAGACAAAGAGGAAGCAAUGACGUUCUUACAGAAUUUGCCCAAUUUCAAGGAAUUGUCAAAAGCAAUCAGGAAUAAUAAUGCAGAAAAAAAAGUCCAAGAAGAAACUGUGGCAGACCUUCAGAAUUCAUAUGAUUUGCCUGGAGUUUUACAAACUUAUAAUACCCUUGACAAGUCAGCUUGCAGUUCCAGCAAACAAGAAGUGGAGUCAGGGAAAAAUGAAAAUGCAAAAGAGAAAGAACUGACACAUCACAGAAAAACAGAAAAGGCCUUUGAUUCAUCACCAGAAAAUGCCUUUAAUCAGAACCAUAAAAAUUUUCACAAGGCACAUAUGCAACAAGAGAGCACUAAACCUUAUGGAAAAGCAAAACCGUCAAAGGCUGAUACAGACUUGUUCAACCAGCUAUGUCUACUUGUGCCACCGCUUGAGGCUGUAAAAAGCAUUACACGUAGGUUAUAUCCUGAGACAACCUGGAGUCAGACGGACAGCUUGGUUGUAAUCAAUAUACACGUGCCAGGAGUUGAGCACUACAAGUGUCGGUUUUCAAGGAAUCAUUUGGCCUUUAUGACUGUUGUCAGAGAAAAAUUCUAUGUUAUUGAAGAGACUUUGGCAAAUGAAAUUGAGACAGAUUCAUGUUCUCUCAAGUUAAAAGGCAUGACUGUGCAUAUUUACCUGACCAAGAAAUCAAAAUGUACAUGGCUCCUCCUUUUUGCUGAGAAGAUGAAACGUCCAUGGUUGAAGAUGGCCUACCAAGGCUCAAGCUUAGACGAUGAAAAGUCAUCAGUAUCUGCUCUCAGAAAAUCAUGGACAGACUUGCAGAUUGAUGAGAACAGCUAUGGAGGAUACCCAGCUGGCAUGAGCGACAGUUCAGCAGAUAGUCAGUCAGAUGAAGAUAUGGAUGACUUAAUCACUUGAUUGACCAUGUGAAACCUGUUUAUCAGUCAUGUUGCAUGCAUUUAUUAUCCAGAUGAAACUGUGGAAAGAAUAACAAUCUACUUUGUUAGUUAGGAGUUGUUAAAAAUAUAUAAUGGCCAUGGAUAUUAUUGUAUGAAUUAGUGAGACUGAUUACAGCCUGUUAUUGCUGGGUAGGCUCUGUGCAAAAGCGGAAUUACAGGUUCACCAAAAAUAUAUUUAGUAUGACAUUACUUUCUGCUAGAUUGGCCAGUCUGAUAAAGGGGCUAUCACAAGAGGGCAAAGUUUCAUGUACUUCCUACCUUAUGCAAUUUAUUAUCCUAUCACACAAAUCCAUACAUUUCAAUCUGUACAUAUAUUUGUGCUCAAAGACUUUGUAGGUACAUCUAGAAUGGUUUGAAAAUUAUUCCAGAUUUUUCUUUUAUUAUCUCAUUGUUGAUUUCAUAAGUUGUGUCUGCUGGACUUGUUCCCAUUAUUAUUAAUUAUUUUUUAUAAAAAAAUAUUUCUACUGAUAAUUUGCAAUUUUCAUACCAAAGCUCUGCAUUGAACUUUUAUAAUAGUGUAUUAGAAAUGGCUCGCUGGAUAUUUUUGGUGGACAUAAACUAAUCUGUACAAAUUUGUAAAGUAUGCUUAUAGAAUGAAGAAAUAUGCAAUAAAGUGCAAAAAUCAAGCUUUUGCAAUACUAAUAACAAUGGACAAGUAAGUCAGGUGAUUAGUAUUUUUGUAAUUUUCAAGUAACUAUGGCACUUGAAGGAAUUUCUUUUGUGCUCAUAAAAUCAUCAAUAUUUCUAUGUAUUUAUGGAAUUAUGCAGUAAUGUUACAAAAUAGCAUGUAAUUGGGUUUAUUGGUCUCGUUUAUUUCCUUUCUUAAAAUUUAUACAUUAAUGGUAUCCUUCAGAUACUUUACCUGUUCUCUAAAUCUCAUUUUUUAAAAUUAUUUAUUUCUUCAUGUAAUAUCUAAUCCCAGUGUUCUCGAAGUCUAGACAGUUAUUUUAGCUGGCAAAGGUUUCUUAAGAUGUUACUCAUUAUUCCAUGAAAUAAUUUUGAAGCAGAUGUGCAGUAUUCCAUGGGAUUAUUUUCUUGUAACUCUUAACCCCACGAAUCCGGAUGCUUCACGACAGUCACGUGGCCCAAAAUCCAGUCAUUGGGCUUUCGUGAGUUGCCUCAAAAAUACAAGCAUUAGGCUUACAUUAACAGCCUCUUUGCCAAGUGCAUGGCUUGUCGGCCAGGCACAAACAAACACACGAUAGGAAUAAUGCAAAAGACCCUUUCUAAAUAUCAAAGGAGUCUUAUCACCCUCCAAGAGGUUUUAACACUCAUGGUAAAUUAUUCCCGUCACCCUGGCCUUCAGCCAAAAUGCUCAUGACAGCAAGUUCGCCUCACUGCAGCCCACAGCCAGAUUUUCCCUGGACAGCAUGUUCAUUUUACCGAUCCCUCAAGCCAAAUUUUUUCAUGAUGUGAUGGUUGUUAUCUGGAUCAUUGGGGUUAAUUUAACUAUGAGACAAAGUUAUUUAUAAUAAGUAAUUUUGAAUUGCAAUAUUGCAGGAGUGUUCUCACAAUAAGCAUUUUCUUUUUUCAAACCUUUAAAAAAAAUUUUUUUUUUAAUAUAGCUAUUUGCAGUGUGUCUGUAAUGGAAGAAAUAUAAUUUUUUGUUCUUUUUAAAAAUGAGUUCUGUAAAAUAUAUCUACAGAGUAAGCUUAUAAAUAAAUAUUUUCCAUUCAUCUGGAAAGUUAGUGAGUUGUUUCCUUCAGAAUUACAUGUUUAAAAAAUUAAGAAAAAAAAUGGACAGUAAUUUUUUUCAGUUGUAUAUCAGAGAUAAGUUCUAUUUCUCUGUAUGGUAUUUUGUUUAUGAUAGAUAAUUGAUACUGAUAAUUGUACUCGAAAUUUUCAAGACGAAUUUGCAAUUUUUGUUUAGUUUAUAUAUUUCAUGGAAUAAUUAUCUCAGAGUAAUUUAUAAAGAUUAAUCUAAAAAUAAUAAUAAAGUAUUCUCGGAAAACAAUCUUGACUUCAUACAAUCAUUUAACCUAAAGCACCAGAAAAUAAUCAGAGCACUGGAAAUUAUUUUUGGCCAGCCAUGCUUAGGAAUUAAUGGUAUUGGAGCCAUAAAAUAAAUCUAAAGGUCAGUCAUAGAUGUGACACAUCAGUACACUAAAUAAUCCUGUCUGUUUUAAGUAAAUUAACACAAGAAAUAUGUGUUACGUUUUUUACCUAAAUUCAUAUUAACCCCCUUGCACCAGGUGAGACACCUGGAAAAAAAAAAAAACAUUCCUGGGUGCCCUACCAGUGUGACACUAGAUCAGAGCUUUCUCUCUGAUUUUGUCAACUGUGGUGGCCCACACCGAAUUUGAAGCCACCCAGAAACUAUUAUUUUUGGCUUGAAAAUGUACUGGCACUAGUGGGUUAAAAAAAAUUUAAACAUUGGUCAUUUCAGUUUUAAAAUGUUCCAUUUGAAUUCCAUUUGUUACAAUGGAUAUUCUUUUUGCCGCUAUAUAUUGUCUGUUUACUUGCUUCUAAAGCACCCUGUUUGCAUGGAAUGGCCUGUGUUUCCAUCCACUGACAGUGUGCAGGAUUGAACACAGGUCAACAAGAUUGCUAAAUAAGAACAUUGCCCGUUACACAGGUGUCUUAUGAGAGUUAGUAAAAUUUGUCCUAUAUCCUCCCCAAAAAUAAUUUUGGUUUAUGAUCAGGGGCAUCAUUUACAAUUGUUUUAUUGGCCUAAAUUACACCUUUAUAGCUCUGGUCAUACCCUAAAAAUGCACCUAGGGUUGCUCAAUUCAGAAGAGCGUGCAACACACCAGAAACUGAUUGUGGUCACUUUACUUACCAACCAUGCAAAAUGAAGCCCCUGAUUUAAAAAUCCUAAGUAAUUUUUGUAUACAGUAGUUACUGGGUUAAAAAGUAAGGGCGGGUAUGACAGGCAAAAUUCAAAUAUAUUGUACUUUAUGUCCAAUCAUGCACAUCAGUGAAUCUACUCUCAUUGAUGUUUAUAAUGCAGGAUGAUUUUAAAACUGUUGUCUCACUUUCUAAUAAAUUGAUAAUGUCUA